CAAGCACUACUCCUCAUCGCUUGCAGUAUACAUUUGACCGAGGAACGAAACGUUCGAAAACUUCAACAUAUUGCUCUUCCGUUUGCGGAAGUCAGUUCUGCUCUGUGGAUAACUGAAGCCUUGCACUGUUGGUGAGCAAAGGAAAACAUAUUACCAUCCUUCGACCGCCAAGGUCCUUGCUCCGGAGUGAUUGCGUACCAAGCGAAACACGUCGCGUUCCGGGAGUUUUGUGACAAGUGAGUCAUUACAGCACUAGUAUUAUUCGUGAAAGGAGUACACGGAAAUUGUCGCUAUUUUGUAUAACGAGUACUGCGUUCAAUUCAGAAUCUGAAAGUGUUUUCUUGGGAAACAAAUCGUAACAGUGUGUAUGUGUGAGUGUUUUUAACUUUUAGCACUGUGACUCAUUUAUUGACGGCAUCGCUUCUAGAAAAUAUAAAAAGUGAUAACAAGCGGAUUUCUUCAGUCACUGGUAUCCUUACAGGACACGUAAACAGCUCGCGGCCGUAAACCUCUAUUUUUCCACCACUGAAAAAGAUCAAACCCAGCCGGCAAAAAUGAAAGCACCCGCACUGUGGGCGGCAAUAGGAGCGAUACUCAUCUUCACUGGCACCACGAACGCAUGGGGCGGUCUAUUCAACAGAUUUUCACCGGAAAUGCUAGCGAAUCUGGGCUACGGCAGCCACGGCGGAGCGUAUCGACCGCAAACGUUUCUGCAGAAUGAAAUUCUAGACGAAGAACAACAAAACCAACGCGUCGAAGACGAUGCCUGCUACGGAAAGCCCUGCUACUCAAACGAGAACUGCUGUCCGGGGCUGGUCUGCGUGAAUGUAGACGGAGUUUCGCCUCUUUCAGUCAUUGGCCACUGCAUGUUUACACUGGGGCGCAAAUACGGUGAACUUUGUCGCCGGGACUCAGACUGCGAGUCGGGUCUAGUUUGUGAUAUAUCUACCCUGAGCGGGGCCAGUGUCUGCCGCCCACCGAUCGUGCUGGCCAAACAGUACGCCGAGGACUGCAUCACCUCCAGCGAUUGUGAUAUCUCCCGAGGACUUUGCUGUCAGGUGCAAAGAAGACAUCGGCAAGUGCCCCGCAAGGUCUGCUCUUACUUCAAGGACCCUCUGCUGUGCAUUGGUACUGUUGCUGCUGAUCAGGUAAAGCACGAAAUCGAACAUACUGCGAAUGAAAAACGGAUCAUUUACAACAAACACUAAACGAUGGGUAAAUGAGGGUUCCAGAAGCGAACAAUGUAUGCUUUACCCAGCCUAUCAACAGUAUGCAACAUCAGUAACCAAAUGACCUAAUCAAAAUAAUAGAAGUUACUUAUGUACAGAAGGUUUACUUUUCGAAAAAUUUUCCGUUUUCGUUACACAUCAGUAUUCACGUUGCAAAAUCUGAUAGGCAAAUUUAACAGCAAAAUAGUGCACAUACUGACAAGAAGCAAAUUAUAACAUGGAGAGCUCCUAUGAAUGACAGAAUUAUUCCAGCAAACAAAAAUCACAGAGUAGCAUAUUAAGCUUAAUUAAAAACAAAAAAAUUGAAGACAAAGCAACAAAAAUAUCACUAACUGUUUGCAACCAGAAAAGCAAGUUAGAUACAGAAGCAUAUAUUUACAUACUACUGGUAAUGUUUCCUGAAGUAUUCAUUCAAUAUGGUCACAUAAUUAAGAUAUAACGAUGACAAAACCAAAACACACACAACUAAAGUGAACUAAUACAUAUCAAUCAAUGUCCUUAUUGUCCUUGUAUUUAAUAUUAAAUGAUUUUUAACUGCGUAAACACUAAAAUAUAAGAGAAAAGUCGACGGGUGAAAAGAACAUGAAAGAUAUGAUUUUUUUCUCUUCUGAAUAACGUUUCUACUUUCGAACGAAUCAACUUCAUUAUAUAAAUGUUUUUUUUUUUCGAUAAAGAUUGAACGAUGUGAGAAUAUGUCGACUGUCAUGGCCACAUGCCUUCUGCUAUGAGUCGAAGGCCAUUUAUUGUUCCUUUGUAGCAGUUCGGUGAGAUCUGAGGUAAUCUGUGGGCUGAAAGGUUAUUUUGAUAUAAUCCCUCCAUUCCAGCCUAAUGAACGGAGAUGUUCGAAUGGGUGGUAAAAUCAUUAUGACAUUGCAAUAACUGUUUUUGUAUCGUGCUAAGAAUAAACAGUUUACCGUCCAUUAUUCUGAAAACCAAAUCCCGCAUAAGUGCAAGAUAAAAAAAAUUCAAUAUCAAAACCAAUGACCAUUAUCAUAUUUCUUGUUAAUAGUGUCACACUCAACGCCAGUUCUUAAAACCGGAAGUUAUGUCUAUUAACAGUGGCAUAUUGAUAUUCGAUGACGAGGCACAUUAUCCCACAGUUCCCCCUAUUCCAAUACUUGUUAUAUCCAGCAAAUUACAUAUCAUUGGCCUUAUAUGUCUGUCGGAAAUUUAAUAGAACCCUCGCAUGUUUUCCCUAGCAUUUCUCUAAAAUCUUUCUACUUGUUAACCACAGAAGUACCACCAAAAUAUAAAAUCUUGCCAAUGCAAUGUUUGAAUCUUUCACCCGCAGUUAAAUGACUAUCUGAAAACAAAUGAAGAGUCACAGAUAUUAUACUGAUAUAAUCGGUUCUUAUGCAAUGAAACAUAUCGUUAUACUUAAUAAACGACUUUAAAUUAAAAAGAACCAUAGGUUAAUAGGAAUUAUCAGAUAAGUCUAGGUCUUUGAACAAACCAAUAAAAAAUAUCAUAUUGGCUGAGGCAUUUACUUACCGUCUGUUAAGCAUAUAUACCUAUAUAUAAACCUAACGACUUGAAUAGUGCAUGUUACACAAUACAAACAAAAAAGAAACAACCAAAGAGAAAGAUGCCCUGAAGAAGUUAUGGUUGAAUAAUAAAACGCAAAAUAUUCAAAUCUUAUUAACUCAAUAUCAUUUUUAUGUUUUACACAAAAAUAAGAUCUUGACUGAAACUUUAUAACGUUUCCAACGAAGAAGAACGUUACACAGCGGAUGAAACAGUAAAACAAUCAACACAUAUGAGUAACUAAUAAGAACUAACAACAAAAAAACCAACGCAGCGGAGCUAUCAGUAAGAAUAACAAAUAUUUCCAUUCGACAAAAUCAAAAUUGAAAAGAAGAAAGGUUUAAUCUACACCAGUGAAUCAAACUACUCGAAGUUCUCGUAUGUAUAACACCAUUGCGACUGUGAACAAAACCAGUGUCAAAUAUCGUCCAUCAUUCUGGAAAUAAGUCAAGCAAAAUAGCACCGAGUCCAUAACAAUUUCUGGAAUGCCGGACGACACCUGACAAACCGGACUGUAAAGGCCGCACACUUAAAACAAAAAGAAAACAAAGAAACAGGAAACGAACAGAAACGACACUUAACGCUUGCGAGUUUGGCCUAAGUUUAGGUUACUAUUAUGCAGAAUUUUCUGUAGCAAGCAGAACAGCAACAAAGCUUGUUCUAAAAAAAAACCUUCCUAUCAUUGACAAAUCGGCUUACAAUAACCGUUAAGUGCACAGGAAAAAUAUCUUCGAAGACAUGUGACCCAUUAUACCGAAGCACAAUUUUUGCCUCAUUAUAACAUAAUACUUUUUGGUGAUACUGAAUGUACUUCCCAAUGUGUAAAACAGACACUUAUAUACAAACGCAUGCACAUACACAGAAAACAAAACAACACUUACGCAUCACACCAACUCAAACACACAUACACACACUAACAGAGGCACGAAUUGAACAGGAAACAAUACACUCUCUUAUGUACAAAAACAAACAGAAGCAGAAAUUAUAUGUGUACAUCUUUCAGAACUCAAA